CCGGCUUGCAGAAGCGGACGGACGAUCGGAACCGGCCCGCCAGACUUUUCACACUUAGGUUUAUUUUCUCUUUCUUCCUUUUCGAUCCGGCUCCUCCGGCGCCGCGUGGCCCGAGGGAAAGCAGGCGCGUGGGCGCGCCAAGUCCCCAGUCGCCCCGGAGCGGUGCCACUGCCCUUUCUGGCGCAAUAACGCCGGGCCCGCGGCGGUGGCGGGCGCGAUCCCCCCGCGCGGGCCGUUUGCGCUCCGUCUCCCGGGCGAGCGGCGAGUGCGACUCGGCUGCUCGGGGCCGCCAAGAGCGCCGAGCCUCCGAGAGAGCGAGAUCAGAGGCGCGCACCGGGCGGAACGCGGCCCGCUUUGAAGCUCCCCUAGGCGAGCGAGCCCACCCCCACCCUGCUACAUCAAAGCCAACGCUCCGAGCCUCCCAACCUUGUUGCAAACUCUCGGGGCUGGCCCCCGGUACGGCUUACUGAUUUCCCGAGAAGGUGCAGAAGAUGAGAAGCGGAGCACUCUGAGCCGGGAGCGAGGGACCAGCGCCCGGGAUCGAAUCCCGGACUCCCGGAGCCGAGGAAGCGCCGAUCCCGCCCACGUCCCCGCCGCCCUCGCCUGCCGCCGCCUCCUGCGGGGCGUUUGGACAUUUCUGCUGCGCAGCUCGCACCGUAACUCCCAGAGCCCGCGGCCCAGCCUCGCUUCCCUUGCGCGCGCCCCCAGCACCUCGGGCUCUCCCCAGUGCCGGCGGGGCCACCGGCCUGCGUGGCUGAGGGUUCGGGUCUGGCUGUGGGAUGUUAACUGUGGGGGCGAUGGAGGGCCCCCGGCAGAGCGCAUUCCUGCUCAGCAGCCCGCCUUUGGCCGCUCUGCACAGCAUGGCCGAGAUGAAGACCCCGCUCUACCCCGCCGCCUAUCCCCCACUGCCCACCGGGCCCCCCUCCUCCUCGUCCUCGUCCUCCUCGUCCUCGUCGCCCUCCCCACCUUUGGGCGCCCACAACCCGGGCAGCUUGAAGCCCUCGGCCGCGGGGGGCCUCUCGUCCCUGGGCAGCCCCCCGCAGCAGCUCUCGGCAGCUACCCCUCACGGCAUCAACGACAUCCUGAGCCGGCCCUCCAUGCCGGUGGCCUCGGGGGCCGCCCUGCCCUCUGCCUCGCCCUCGGGGUCUUCCUCCUCCUCCUCCUCCUCGUCCGCCUCCGCCACCUCGGCCUCUGCGGCCGCCGCUGCCGCUGCCGCGGCUGCCGCCGCUGCCGCCUCGUCGCCCGCCGGGCUGUUGGCCGGCCUGCCCCGCUUCAGCAGCCUGAGUCCUCCGCCACCGCCGCCCGGGCUCUACUUUAGCCCCAGCGCCGCGGCUGUGGCCGCUGUGGGCCGGUACCCCAAGCCCCUGGCCGAGCUGCCCGGUCGGACGCCCAUCUUCUGGCCCGGGGUGAUGCAGAGCCCACCUUGGAGGGACGCGCGCCUUGCCUGUACCCCCCAUCAAGGAUCCAUUUUGCUGGACAAAGAUGGGAAAAGAAAACACACCAGACCCACGUUCUCUGGCCAGCAAAUCUUCGCCCUGGAGAAGACUUUCGAACAAACAAAGUACUUGGCAGGACCAGAGAGAGCACGCUUGGCCUAUUCUCUGGGGAUGACAGAGAGUCAGGUCAAGGUCUGGUUCCAGAACCGCCGGACCAAGUGGAGAAAGAAGCACGCAGCCGAGAUGGCCACGGCCAAGAAGAAGCAGGACUCGGAGACCGAGCGGCUCAAGGGAACUUCGGAGAACGAGGAGGAUGACGACGAUUACAACAAGCCCCUGGACCCGAACUCUGACGACGAGAAAAUCACUCAGCUGCUGAAAAAGCACAAAUCGAGCGGCGGCAGCCUCCUGCUGCACGCGUCGGAGGCCGAGGGCUCAUCCUGAGCGCGGGCCGCACCACUGGGAUCCCGCCCCGCCCCACAGCCGGUUCCCCGGGACCCAGCACCCGGCUGCUCGCUGGGCCUUCACUAUUUUCUAAGAUGUACAUAUCUAUUUUUUUAACCUAGAAAUUGUGGCGGGGAGGGCGGGGGUCAGUAGAAUGGCGCGUUGAUGAAGAGGAAAGGAGCCCGCCAAGUGCACUGC